GUGCUGUGUUUUCUGCGGUACUAGUCACGUUGGAAACUCGGGCGUGAUGAGUCACGUGACACUCCUCAUUUGAUACUUCGUCACAGUGGUUCAUAGGAGGGAAACAAACCUUGGAGUUUUAGUGUCAUCGGCUCAUCUCUUUCCACCAUUACUCACAGCUAGACAGUUUGACCGACUAGCUCGAUCUCUGUAGUUUUUGUGUUGUGGCCAGGGAGGUUCAGCGAAUUUUAAUUUAAUGCCGACAGUUGUUAAAUAACCUUCACCUGUUAUUUGCUACAUCGAGGUUAGCUAACGUCACCUUUAAUGCUGACUGCUGAUUUACCUCGCAUUAGCUAAGUGUGACAGCUUCUGCCUCUGCUGCGUAUCAAAGCACGGCUGACAGCAUGUUGUAGUGAGUGAUGUACCGAGUGUUGAUCUUAAUAAUGGCCACCUGGGGGGCUCAAGCAUGCUCUGAUUCAGAGUGCUCCCCGACAGGGCUGUCCAAUGGCACAAACACAAAGGACUACUGUUACUCGGCUCGAAUUCGCAGUACAGUGCUCCAGGGCCUGCCUUUUGGUGGCGUACCAACUGUCCUUGCCCUUGACUUUAUGUGCUUCUUGGUCCUGCUGUUUGUGUUCUCCAUCUUGAGAAAAUUAGCAUGGGACUAUGGACGCCUCGCUCUGGUGACUGAUGCUGACAGCAGAAGAAUGGAUCAGUGGUACAGUCGCCUGGAUGAUCAGGAAUAUAUAUCCUCUGGCAUGACACCUGAGACACCCGCACACUAUGAACGCCUCACCUCAGUUUCUAGCUCUGUGGACAUGGAUCAGAGAGACACGGGUUUCUGCUCCUGGCUAACCGCCAUCUUCCGCAUCAAGGAUGAAGAGGUCAGGGAGAAAUGUGGUGAGGAUGCAGUGCAUUACUUGUCCUUUCAGCGCCACAUCAUUGGACUGCUGGUAGUGGUGGGAGUGCUCUCUGUGGGCAUAAUCUUGCCUGUUAAUUUCUCGGGAAACCUACUUGAAAACAAUGCCUAUAGUUUUGGUCGAACCACUAUAGCAAAUUUGGAUGCCGAUAAUACACUACUGUGGCUGCACACCACCUUUGCAUUUUUCUACCUGUUACUGACGGUGUAUAGCAUGAGACGGCACACCUCCAGGAUGCACUAUAAGGAGGAUGAUCUAGUAAAACGCACUUUAUUUGUGAAUGGAAUCUCUAAAUACGCAGAGGAAAAUGAGAUAAAGCAACACUUUGAGCUUGCAUAUGAAAACUGUGUUGUGCUGGAAGCUCGUAUCUGUUACAAUGUGGCCAAGCUGAUGUAUCUUAACUCUGAAAGGAAAAAGGCAGAGCGCAGCAAGAAGUUCUUCAUGGACUUUCAGGCCAGAGGGCAUGUUAGCACCAUGAUCAACCCAAAGCCUUGUGGGCACCUUUGCUGUUGCAUCAUCAAAGGCUGUGAGCAGGAAGAGGCAGUGAGCUACUACACCAAACUGGAAGCACAAUUGAAAGAUGACUACAAUAAGGAGAGAGAGAGGGUCAACAAGAAACCCUUAGGAAUGGCCUUUGUCACCUUCCAGAAUGAGUCCAUGACUGCCAUAAUUUUGAAGGACUUUAAUGCUUGCAAGUGUCAGGGCUGCAACUGUCGCCGAGAGCCCAAGAGCUCUCAGUUCAGCAACAAGCUUCACACACACUACUGGACUGUCAGCUACGCCCCUGAUCCACAAAAUGUCUACUGGGAGCAUCUGUCAGUGGGAGGAUUCUCCUGGUGGCUGCGCUGCUUUAUCAUCAACUGUGUCCUCUUCCUCCUCCUCUUCUUCCUCACCACCCCGGCCAUCAUCAUCACCACCAUGGACAAGUUCAAUGUUACCAGACCAGUGGAUAACCUAAAUAGUCCAAUCAUCACCCAGUUCUUCCCCACCCUUCUGCUGUGGUCCUUCUCCGCCUUACUUCCUACCAUUGUCUACUACUCUGCCUUCUUUGAAGCCCACUGGACCCGGUCAGGAGAGAACAGGACCACAAUGCACAAAUGCUACACCUUCUUAAUCUUCAUGGUCCUGCUGCUGCCUUCCUUAGGACUCAGCAGUUUGGACGUUUUCUUCCGCUGGCUUUUUGACAAAAGGUUUUUGGACGAUGUUAAAGUGAGAUUUGAGUGUGUUUUCCUUCCUGACAAUGGCGCCUUCUUUGUGAACUACGUCAUUGCAUCUGCAUUCAUUGGUAAUGCCAUGGAUCUACUGAGGAUCCCUGGUCUACUCAUGUACAUGAUCCGACUCUGCCUGGCUCGCUCUGCAGCUGAGCGGAAGAACGUCAAGCGGCAUCAAGCUUAUGAGUUCCAGUUUGGGGCAGCAUAUGCCUGGAUGAUGUGUGUCUUCACUGUGGUCAUGACCUACAGCAUCACCUGUCCAAUCAUCGUCCCAUUUGGGCUGAUGUACAUGCUACUGAAACACCUAGCAGACAGGUACAACAUGUACUAUGCCUAUCUGCCAUCCAAACUGGACAAGAAGAUCCAUUCUGGAGCUGUCAACCAAGUAGUGGCUGCUCCUAUUCUCUGUCUCUUCUGGCUUCUGUUCUUCUCCACUGUUCGCUCGGGGUAUUCAGCUGCAACAUCCGUGUUCACGUUCGUAGUUUUGAUCAUCACAAUCAUUAUCUGCCUCUCUCAUGUCUGCUUCGGACAUUUUAAGUAUCUCAGUGCUCACAACUACAAGAUUGACACCCAGGAUGUGGAUGGCACGGAGAAUGGCCGUCCAUUCAGCCCUUCUGCCGUCAAUAAAGCAGCGCAAAUGUACAUUGCUCAGGUACUUCAAGACGCAAAUUCAGAGGAAGCUGGUUCGGGCAGUGGUGAGGACGAUGGCCAGGGGUCCUUGCAAGACGAGGAAAUAAUCAAUGUUGAAAAUAGCCUGAACGAGGACUUCCAGUCAGGUGAGGACAGGCUCAUUGAUAAUGAAGUGCGACACUGACCCUGCCCGGAACAGAAAACAGCUCCCUAAGUUAAACACGAGGGGUGCACUGGAUAUAGAAAUUAAACUAGGAACUGAACCAACAGUUCUCCAAAGCAUCUCAGCCUCCAUCGAGGGACUAUACUAACAUAAGCACACUGUCUACUAAGGAUUUAAAUGGAUUGUCACUCAAGGUCUCUUGAAUUUCCUUGACUGGGUCUCACCCAGCUACAUCUUCAGUGUACCUGCAUAAGGAAAUCUACUCUGACAAUGCAAGGGCAGCAACAUCCUUCUGCCCUGAAGUAGCUGAGGUGCACCAUUAACACUGCACAUGGACCCUUUUCAGAAAGACACUAAUGCACACAAGAAUGUUUUGCCUUGUCUUGUAAGGGGAGUCAUUUUCUGUCUGUUUCCUUAACACUAUUACACUUCAAAGAGAGGACUUGUCCUAUAAGCUCAAGUUUCACCAAGGUACUGUAGCACAGCAUGCCUUCAAUUUCAAAGGAUGGACAGAUUUUCCCAUAAUCUUUUGCCAGUAUUGCUAAUUGUGUAUAUUACAUGCACCCCCUAAAUAAGCAGCUUAUGUAAAAGGAAAGCAAUCGCUUGUUGUGGGCAGAUAUGAUACCCUCAAAAUAGUUCUUCCAAUUCUAUGAAAGCUUUAAAACCAAAAAAAAAAAAGAAAAAUCAUUGGUAGUAACACUCCUGGAUGGUUUGACACUGUACAGCUACAAAACUCUGGAUUUGUAAAAUAGGCUUUCUUUUUUGACAUAUAUUUGUUGGCACUGAGUUUUAAAUGCUAUCAAACAUGAUACAUCUCUUUAUUGGGGGAGAAGAUUAAUUCAUACCUUGGCAACACUACACUGAUAAUGAUCUUUUUGGCAUUCCAUCUCUGAGCCUUUGCUGGGACUGCUGUUGGACUGCUGCUACUGAUGCUGCCUCGGGACAAUACUGGCACAACUGCUGUAGGAGGACUGAGGCCCAAAAGCCUGUUGAUCCUUUUGUGUUGCUCAGAGAAUGGAAGGAAAGACCUUUUUUGGGUGUUUCUGGGUCAGUUUCAGAUGAUACCUUUUGUGACUAGUUCUCUUCAUCUUUUGUUUUAACUUGUAUCUUUUUGCCCAUAUGUUUACAUCUUUAUGUAGAGAUUUUGAAAUUCAGUGUAGAUGGCUACUGAUAAUUUUACCAAUGAGGUAUCUAUAACUCAGCCCUCUGUCAGGUCUUCUUCAGUGUUAACUUUUAUGUAGACACCACAUCAGCUACGUAGCAUAUUGUAUAUUCCGGUGGUCAGAGCAUUGUUAGUUCCCCAUUUGCUUGUACUCAGUGCUGACUUGUGGAUUGUCUUACUCAAAAAGCGAAAUUUUAGUGAUAAGAUAUUAAAUCUUGGGCUAGAAUGCACAAGAGCAUUCAGCAGUUACACCAGUGGAUGAGGCCCAGACAAUUUAUAAAUCUAUAAAUAAAUUUACAAUUCAUCAUAGUUAUAUUCAGACUAUUAUGAUGCUUACUGAGUUGUAAUCCCCCAAAGCUGUACAUUCCCUUUGCAGAUCCAGUUCUGAGCCUCAUCAGGCCUCCAUCGGAGCAAUAGUAAUAUGAACUACAGCUCCACACCUAAUAUAAUCUGCAUGUUUCAUAAUCAACAUAUUCCUGUUCUGCCUCAGCCACAUGAAGCAGCUUUUCUUGUAUCAGACUAAAAGAUGCACCUUAACAAAAUGAACACUACAAAAUUUCAGAUGCAGUACCCACACAGUUACAGCCAGGAUUGAUCAAGCUUCUUGUUUCUUCCUAAGUCAAGACAACACUGAGCUGCCCCAUCAAAUAUAUAUAAAAAAAUUAAUAAAAAUUGUUAGUAAUGCAAGGCAAAGUGCUGCAGACAGAUACUACAUUCUGUCACUGUGGGCCAGUUGUUAUUGAACCAUAAAAGAAAGUGGUUUAUUAUCCAGUUGCUCAGCGAGCCACUGUGGCACAUGUGCACUAAUCUCACUUUCACUUAUAUGAUUGACAAAGAAGGUACGCCUCCUGUGGCAGUGAUGACAACAGUGGUGAACCUAAAGUGUUUUCAUAAUUUCUCCAUGUUUUUUUUUCUUUCUUUUUUUUUAGCACCACAUAUUAUUAUGGUACUAACAAGAUAAUUGUUUGACACCACUGAGUCUGGUGCCCUUCUCUUCAUGAUGAGGUGAUUUUAUUUUUUAUACUUCAUUUUAUACCUCUGAGAUGUCUUGAAAUAUCUGAAUGUGUCCUGUCCAAAUAACACAAGCUAUACUGCCCAGCUCUGAGGGAGAUGCAUAAAUUUCUCAUCUUUUCUAACCACUUCUGUUCUUAAAUGCUGAAUGUAGGUUAUCCCCACAACUCUUGGUGAGAUAAAAGUGGGUAAAUUAAUAGUGUGAUUGCUGUAUUUAAACAGCAUCAGAAGGAUGGUUCACUAGCUAACUGGAAAUGGAAAGUUUUACACUGUAACAACACUUGGCAGUGUCUAGAUCUGUCAUUUCUGAGUUCACACCCACAUUUGACAGUCUGAUGGUUGCAAUGAGUCCCAGAAGCCUUUUGCUAAUUCCAAGUCUAAGAGUCACAUGAUGAUGAAUUAUUUUAUUUUAGACUGUCUUCAUAAAAUCUGCAUACAGUAGAUAGCCGGACUCAAUGGAAAUGAGUGGAUAGUUUUUAUAAACAAACAGAAGUUCUCAGCCUGUUUCUGCAUUGUAUUCAGAAUGGGUAGUAAAAUGUCUUCGUCUCAAAACUACACAAUCAGAGUUGUUUGUUUAUGUGUGUCUGUGUGUGGUACCUUUGUAUUGUUUUACUUUUUUUCUAAGCUGGAAGAGUAAAAAUAGCAAGUCUCAGUAUUACACUCUUUAUCAUUCUUCCCAAAGGGCUAUCUGUACAAU